UGUCACUAGGCUAAUGAUCCUUGCUUUAUAUAUCAGUGACAGUUCACUUGAAAUUUUUAUUUUUAGAGGUAAAUGGAUUACAAUAUCUAAUUUUACAGUGGACAUAUGCAUGAAGAGACAGUAUCCGGUAAGAAAUGUUUUGGCAAUAAAUGUGAUAUACAAAUUUACGUGAUCAUGAUUAUAUACAUGAUAUAAGUCCCCUUGAAAUAUAUAUGCUUGUUUCCUGUCUCCUGACAAACAAAAUAAGACAAGGAUUUAUUUUUUAAAAUAUAAUAUAUAGAUAAUAUUGGGACAAUGUUCUGGGGGACACAAUAUGAAAUUUUGACAGUCUAUCAAGUCAUGCAAGUGUUGAGCUACUAUUUGCUUUGUAGAACAUUGAAAAUUCACUUGAAAUAUUUAUUUUCAGACUUAUAUGGAUUACAAUAGCUAGUUUUACAGUGGAUCUAAAAGUGAAGUUAUCUGGACUUUUAUUGUUGAGUGUUAGUAACCAUGACACUGGAACGAAAUGUUCAGCCUGAGUAUUCUACCGAUAUUAUGACAUCACGAACCACGCCUGAAAAUCCCACCGGUCAAGAUGAACCAAUCAACAGCAAGAAUGCUCCCACCACACUUAAUGUGCUCACCAAUAGUGAUGAUUUUGAAUUUGGUAAUAGUAUGCUCUAUUUGGAACAUGACAUAGAUCAGCUCAGUUUAACAGAAAAGUCAUCCGACUCAUCACCAUCACCCACCGUACCUCACUCAGCUCCCGCGUCAACCACAACCCACCAAGAUGAAGUAACCUACCGAGACGGUGUUACAGAAAGAGGAUUCUUUGAGGGUCUUCUUGGAUGUUUACGACCAGUCUGGACAAUCAUAGGAAAGGCAGCAGUUAAUGAACUUAAAAAUGAAGAUGACUGGGAGAUACCGUUCGAAAAUAUUACAGAUUUACAAUGGUUAGGGAGCGGAGCCCAGGGCGCAGUCUUCCUUGGCAAACUAAACGGAGAAGAAGUUGCUGUUAAAAAAGUCAGGGACGUCCAUGAAACGGACAUUAAAAAUCUUAGAAAACUUAAUCAUCCAAACAUCAUUUCAUUUAGGGGUGUAUGUACCCAAGCACCAUGUUACUGCAUCAUCAUGGAAUAUUGUCCAUAUGGACAACUUUACGAAAUACUCAAAGACGGAAAAGAAAUUCCCCCUGCUUUGAUAUUGGACUGGUCCAAACAGAUAGCAAGUGGGAUGAAUUAUCUCCAUAGUCAUAAAAUUAUACACAGAGACCUCAAAUCACCAAAUGUCUUGGUUGCCAAGAAUGAUAUUGUUAAAAUAUCAGAUUUCGGGACCAGUCGGACAUGGAAUGAAAAAAGUACCAAAAUGUCAUUUGCUGGAACAGUGGCAUGGAUGGCCCCAGAGGUCAUCCGAAAUGAACCAUGUUCAGAGAAAGUUGACAUAUGGUCAUUUGGUGUUGUCUUAUGGGAGUUAUUAUCAGGAGAAAUCCCUUAUAAAGACGUAGAUUCCUCAGCAAUAAUAUGGGGAGUUGGAAGUAACAGCCUUCAUUUACCUGUGCCAUCGUCUUGUCCCGAGGGCUUCAAACUGCUGAUGAGACAAUGUUGGUCUCCAAAAGCAAGAAAUAGACCUUCAUUCCGACAGAUUUUAAUGCACCUAGAAAUUGCCUCCCCUGAACUACUCAACUUUAAACAUCAAGAUUUUAUUGAAGCGCAGACUAUAUGGAAAGAAGAAAUUAAGGAACAGUUACAAUUAAUCAGAUGUGAAGGAACACAUAUGCCCCACCUAGAGGAGGAGCUAGUCAAGAGGAGGAGGGAGGAGCUAAGACAUGCACAAGAUGUACGAGAUCAUUAUGAAAGAAAGUUGGAGAGAGCCAAUAAUUUGUACAUGGAACUUACAGCCUGUAUGUUGCAGUUGGAAAAAAGAGAAAGGGAGCUAAUCAAGAGAGAACAACAGCUUGCUAUGUAUGCAAAGAAAAGGAAAAGUAUUGUACGACCAGUAAUCAGAGCUCAAGAGAGGUUAGAAAGAUUGAGUAAAAAGAGAUCUUACAAGUCAGGCUCUGAACCUACAAGUCCAGAGAAUAUUAAUAUGGAUAGUAGUUUGACAACAAGUUCAGAACUUGUGUUGCCAUCUCCAACUAAACUCAGAAUGAGAAAAAGCCGCCAUCGAAAGGGAAGUAAAGGAUCUUUGAGCAGUAUCUUUUCAAGUCCUGCCAAAAGUCCUACAAAAGAUGCCCUUCAUGAAGAAUUACAUGCUAAGCAAAUGCAGUUACAACGUGAUCCAAGAACAGUUGCCCCUGGAGUUUUUAAAUAUCUGGGGCCAGGUACUGCAGUGAGGGAAUACCAUUCGAUGGACCAGCAUGAAUAUUGCCAUAAAGAUCAUGACUUUGGUUGUCAUGGUGAUGAAGGUUAUAGCUAUCAAAAUUGUGACAGGGAUUUAACGGAUAAAAAUUUAAACGAUGUGUGUUUUGGGUGUGAGGGAAUUUGUAGUGACAAUACAUGUAGUAGUAAAAGAUCUAGUAGAAUAAGUGUUGACGAUAGUCCAACUGCUGACACGGCGGCCUCGUCAAGUCCAAGUCCAGUAGUGGAGUCAAAAAGUAUAAUUGGAAUUGAAAACCAAAACAAUGAAAAUGUAAAUGAAUCAAAACCAACGUUACGAGAAAAAGAUUCAAAUGAGAAUUUAAACUGUUCCUUUGACACAGAAACAACUACAGAGAAUUUAACGACCACUACAAAUGACGUUAAUACAGACGAUAACACAAUUAUAAACACUGCAUUGAAUCGUAGAUUAAGUGAUCCUCGGAGUUCUCCUUCUUUAAAUAUAAAUUCACAUAGGAUGGAUAGCACAGAUUCGGAGCCAGUAAAUGUACGAUUGAGGGAAAGGAAGACAUUUAGAACUGUUAAGCAUUCAGAAGACUCAUGGUCUGAAGAGGAAGGGGAAGUAAGCGAGGAUGACAUUCGUAGAAGUCGACAGUCUUAUUGUUCAACAUUAAGUUCGGAAGGUAUUCUAUCAGAGGAGGAAAAUACAAGUGAACAUUCUGAACAAUUAACCCCAGAUGGAUUACUAUCUACGAACAGUUCAGACAAUUUACAUUUAGAACUAGCAAAUUGUGCAGUGAUUCAUGUGUCUGACGGACUUUCUGAUCGAGAAUAUACAGUACGAAAAAUGAGGGAUCAAGUUUCUGUAUCUCCGGAACAUUUGUAUGAGAAUUCUGACUUAACAUCAGAUUCGGAUGAGUGUUCCGACAUUACAGUCUCAACUACUGUCCAUCGGCCUGCAAGACGAAUGGAAGCUGAAGGAUGGUGACGUAACCAUAGUUACAGCUGUUAAUGUUAUUGUAACUGUUUUAUAGAAGUGCUAUAAAUACAUUUUUGUAGUUCUGUAUGGGCUUUAGAGGUCAAAUAAAGGUCAAGUUAUGAAAUGUGAGAGGAUGAUGAAAUUUGUUGUUGUUUUGAACAGUUUAUUAUGUCUUCCUUACACUUUCAACAAAUCAUUUUGAAAAUAGCAUACAUGGAAUUAUUCCAUUGGCAUAUGUAAAAGUGAAAAUUAUUAUCUUUUAGGUUUAAUGGAGCUCUAUUUGCAUUUUGAUGAAAAGGCUGUAAAAUUUUCUCUACAUUCUUAUUUUUAUUGAGAACUACUUGAAACUUUAUAGAUGUACUUUGUUUUAUUUGGUUAUUGUUAAAGAAAAUGGUAACAGUUAAGGAUUUGACAGGAUUGAUAUUAAUAGAACUUUUCAUUAACAGAGAUCAUUUAUUUUUGGCAAAAUUGAAUUGGAUUAUUUACAAAGCAAAAAUUAUUGGGUCACAUUGACUGGAGAAGAAAACAUAGUUAAAUGAAAGUGCAAACAAAUGAAAUUUCAUAUUCUAUAAAUUUUUGAGGCAAGUCUACAUAUUUUUAAUGGCAAAUAUAAUAAAUAUACAGUCUGCAAUUCAUCAGUUUGGCUUCAAUGUUACCGUAAAACAACACAACAUGGCAGUCAAGAAAUUUACAGGGAGAUAAUUUAUGAAUUUUUAUUAAAGAGUUUAGUUAGGGUAGAUAACUAUUGUGCAAUUCCAUGUUUGAAUGAAUGCUCAAGUUUAGAUGUGCAGGUUCAUAUUUAUUCCUAAUAUGAUAAGAAUUUAUUCCAUUUUUGAAAAGCAAUUCUAUUUAUAUGUAUAUUUUACAUUGUAUUGGACCAAAUAUUGUUACAGAUAGUUAAAUUAUACCAUCAAAACUUUGUUAUAAUUAAAAUUAUUUAAUAAUAAUUUGAUUGUCAUGGGUCAGAAUGUCUGAUUUUGAAUCCUAAACCAAUUUGAUUGGUCAUGCAUCAGAAUAUCUCUGAUUUUGAAUCCUAAACCAAUUUGAUUGGUCAUGGAUCAGAAUAUCUCUGAUUUUGAAUCCUAAACCAUAAUUUGAUUGGUCAUGGAUCAGAGAAAACAAAAAUUCUUGCCUAUGACUCACAAACAAAUUUGAUUGGUCAUUGAUCAGAAGGUUUCUGAUACUAAAUAAAAAGUAAAUUUGAUAGGUAAUGGAUAGAAUGUCUCUAAUUUUGAAUCCAUAAUCAAGUUUUGAUGGUAUUUUUUAACUCAGUGUUACAUAAAUUUAGAUUCUAGUCUCACAUGAAAGUCAUAGUCAUAUCAUUUAUAAAGUCAAAUGGCAUUUAAAAGUAUUUCUGCUAUGUUUUUGACCCUUGCUUGAUACAACUUGAAAAAAACUGAUAUUUAAUUUUGGGUCUGCUUCGCUUGAUAAAACCCGUAAUAUCUGCCAUUUAAAUUUGGAUGUGCUUUGCUUGAUACAACCCCUCCCCCUUUUUUCAACUGAAUUUAUUUUUUUAUGUCCCUUAAUAGCUGACUUUAAAUUUAGGAGGCUAUCCCUUUUCACUGCAUUAUUUACAUUUAGUUGAAUAUCAAUAAAAGAAAUUCAUUCAAUUAUAUUAUUUGUAUUUGUGUCUGAGUGUUUCUAAAUAAGCAUUUUAGGACUAAUUGAAAUAUUUCUAGAAUUAUUUAAAAAUUGCAGUGGGCAGACAAAAAUGAAAAAAAAUAUUCAUUGAAAGGAUCCAACUGCAAUAGGUAUCUAGGAAUAUUUUUUAUUAUGUCCUUGUUAGAGGUCAAAGGAUGAAGGUUGUGAAGAAUUUUAUUGAAAUGUUGGUUUUUCUUUUAAAUACAGAAUUAUUAUUAAUGUUAUUUAUGGUUAUUUUGGAAUGUUUAUAUAGGCAACAGAAAAAAAAAAUCUUGUUUUUUUAAUACAUGUUUGCAAGCCAAGUUAGAAUUUUUUUUCUCCUUGUAUAUUUGACAAGAAAUCGUUGGCUGUGUUACCUUACCUUUCUUUAUAUUUAGAUAUGUAAAGCAAUCAAUUUUUUUUACUUUAUUGCCUCCCUUUAAAGAUGUUAGACCAUCAAGCAUAUUUUCCCUCAUCUUUAGCCAGGAUGUACCUAGCUUACUCUUAUCUGCAUUCUUGUUUCACGAUAUGUUAGGUAGAUGAGUAGAUUUUUCCAUUUCGCCUCUCCCUGUUUAUAGUAAUUAGAAAUAAGAUGAAAGUAUAAUUUUGUAACGAAAAAUAAGUACUGUUUCUUUGAUGUAUAGGUAGCCGUGUUCAAGGCCUUUAUAGGUUGUCACGAUCAUUUUAAAACACUCCCAUCAUCCUAUUAUCCCCCUUUUUCAAAUGUUCUUUAUUUUCCAAUUUCCAGCUUGCAAACAUGUCUGAAAAAACAAGCAUUUAUUUUUACAUAGCCUUUGCAGAAAUGUUUACAAAUAACAAAUAAUUGUUGUGAUUUGCCAAAUUGUGAAAAAAAAUAUUGUUAUAUGGUAUAUAUAAUUCAAGCAAAAUGCAAUAUGUUGGUUAAAUUUUUCAAAAAAGUUAAAUUUUAUUAUAAUUUUAAAAUGUUAAAUUUGAUAUAUAGUGAGAAUGAAAGGUAGGACUGUUAACAUUUAUUCUUUCAUUGUACAAAACAAUGUUUUUUUUGUGAUCAAUACCCUGAGUUUUGGCUAAUUUAAUUUUGUCAUUCUUGUAUUGAUAGAAUGUUCUUCAUAUUUUACAGUGACAAAAAUUCAAUUUGAGUUUGCAAAGCUUUUGAUGAUAUUGAGUUAAAAAGUUAUGUGGUACAGAAAAACUGAUAAAAAAACAAUAUACAUAUUCAGAUUGGAGAUAUUAUUGCACAUGAGUAUGGUAUCGAACCAAAAACUGUCUACCCACAAGACAAACAUGCUGCAAUGAUAUCACCAAGAGUGGUCUCUAUAAAAAAAAGAGCUAUUACAAGGGAGACAACUUCACAUAUAUUUGUUGAUGUCAAUGAUGUGAAAUGUUUUGUAUAAAAGUUAACGUUUUAGGUCUGUAGUCAUGUGACUAUAGAAGUACUAUUUGCCUUGUAGAAUUUUGUUAUUAUUUUUUAAUGGUUUUGUCUGCAAUAUCUUAAAUUUUACUUUUGAUUGUUACUUAUUUUAUUUUGUAGAUUUUAUUAUUACCAACAAACAAUCCUUACUUUAUGUAAUUUUUUAUUAUUAUUAGUACUGUACUUAUUUUCAUGGAUUUCAGGGGUAAAGGUUAAGCAUGAUUUCAAAUAUAAAAAAAUUUAACCCACAAAAUAAAGUAUCCAGGAAAAAUUCAUAUUUUACUCAAUCUACAAAUAUUAUAACCUGCAAAAUUAAUGAAUUCCCAGCAGCUUAAAGUAAAUAUUAAUGCUGUUACUCUAUUCUGUCGUAUAAUAAUGUGUCCUUCCACCAUCACACUUUUUAAGACUGACAAAAUUGAAGAAAUAAAAAAAAAUAAUAUAAUAAGGAAGUGAAAUCGGCUCUUUAGAAGAUUAAUUAAAAUCUUUUGCAACGGUUUUCCUCAUGAAAAUUUGAUGUGGAUUGGAACUUUAAAUUUGGCAAUGUAGUUAAUAUUAAAAAUGAAGGUUUUCAGACCCCCCUUUCCCCUUGAAUACUGUAAGGUAAGGUUUGUUGCAUUAAACCCAUUGAUCUCUAUACAUUAUUUUAGUCCUUAAAAAUCUGUGAUGUUGAAAUUUUUAUUUCACUGCUGAUAUUGAGUUUUAUAGUCUUAUUUUACAACAUUGUGUUUUGUUGUUUUGUGACUAAAUGUUUUGUUUGUAGAAAAUUUCUGUUGAUGUAUGUUAGCACAGUAUGCAAGCCAUUUGACCAAGAAACACAAAAUGUAUUUUUAGCUCUGGUUUAAUGAGCUCAUAACUUAAGGACUUUUCCUAAAUAUUUUGUGACCCCUCUGGAUUUUACCAAUGCUUUGCCUUACUUAUUUUUUACACUCAUAUUUCUCAAUAUUUGAACAAGAGACAUCUCACAAACACUUAUGGUAAAUUUUUAAAACGCUUGUUAUUCCUAACAUAGUUUUUACACAGUUUAACAUCCUUUUCUUCUGAUAUAGUUCAUAUGAAAAAUCAAGACAUAUUUUUCCUGCCACAAAUUCAAAUUUUUCCAAUGCUUGCAUCUCAAAAACCAACCACAUGGACAUAUGCUUCUUCUUUAUGUUGUUUUAUAAUUUUUCUAUUGAAAAAGACAUAAUUCCAUGAAAAUGUUGACAUUUUUAAUUUUAGCAGCAACUAGGAAUAUCAAACUCAAAAUAUCAGUUUUCAUUUGUAUGUGAUUAAUGAAGUAAAAGUGCAUGCUGAUUGUUUCCCAAAUGUUAUUUUAUCAAGAAACAUUUUGUCGGAAAAGUUUAUGAAAACAAUUUACGAACAUAGGUCAUUUGUUGUGGCUUUGAUGAGUCAUAGAUUGACCAUUGAAGUACUGAUUUACAGUCAAAUCAGGUAGUAUUGUCCAUCUAAUAAGUCAGCAUGCUUUUUUUAUUGUAUGAUAUAAGACGCUGACUUGUUCGACAGACACUAUAGUCUUAUUAUUUCAAAAUUGUAAAAAAUAAUGGUGCAUAUAAGAUAUCUGAUCAUGAAAAAAGGGUAAAGCUUGAGUACUAUAUUCAAGCACUACAAUAAAGGUUGCAUUCUUUACAAUGGCUGUAGAAGAAUUUUAUGUUUUUUUGUUGUGAUUAUAUAAGUUAUUAAUGAGAUAUGGAUUGUCAUUUUGAUAAUAAUUAUGAUCUUGUUGAGAUUUUAUCCAAUGUUAUUUGUUUUUUGAAGAUAUAUCAUUAUGUCAUUUAUAAUUGUUGGUUAUGUUUAGUAAUCAUGUCAUGCUUGAGUUGUUUUACCCAGAAUUCCCUUAAAAAAUGUCAACCUAAAAGAUUUUUUCAGUUUUCUGCCUUUAAGGAAUUUCUUACAUAUGAGAAUAGUAUUCUUCUUACCAUGAGCCUAGUAAUUUGUAAAAAACUAUCUAAACUUAAAAUAAUCCAUUGUUUGAGUGUGUUAAAUUCAAAAGUUCAGUCAAUAAGUCAGUGUUUAAUGAAAAACUGGGUCUUAGACCAAGUCGAUAUUAAACCAAAAUUAACUCAUCGUCUCAUUCCGUUUUAGGCUUAAAUUUAAAUUUUUUUUCAGUAAUUAAGAAAAAAGACAACAGUACAGAAAACACUACCCUGAAAAGUAAAGAUUUAUCAAACUUAACCCAACCAAAUAAACAGGGAUGAACUUAGGUUCUCUAUAAAGGUAUGCAGUUACUGCUUCAACAGUGACAACUGUCAUCCUCCUAAAGACAAGCACAAAUCAUGCAAUAAAAUACAGAUUUUGCAAAACAAAUAUCCGUAAGUAUAUACUUAAAUUUAAAUAAAAGAAAGACCAAAAGAUUCCUUAAAAGAAAUUUUAAUUAUGUUGCGAAAAAAACAAUAAAACAGAUUUUUAAAAACCAAUAUCCGUAAGUAUAUAAUUUUAUUUAAAUAAAAGAAAGGCCAAAAGAUUCUUUAAAAGAAAUUUUAAUUAUGUUGCGAAAAAAAUGUUCUUGUCACCUUAUCUCAUCGUGAUUAUUUUGAAACUUUACAAAAAGUAGUGCAUAUGACUACAAUGAACUAAUUCUUAGAUAUUCUUAAGAGUGCAGAAAACUGAAAAAAAAUCUGUCUUGCAAAACCUGCUUUUUUCGAUUGUCUUAUAUCAAUGUUUUGUUUGUUUUCCAUAAUCAUAAUCAUGCUUUUUACAUAUCAUUAAUUUCAAAGUUUACAGAUAUACCUCUGAAAUUUUUAUGUUAUUUGUCAACAGUUUUAAAACUUUUUUUCUUAUUUAUUUUAAAGUCUGUGUACAUUCCACAGGUAUUUGUUUACUGUUUGUAAAUAAAGGAUUAUAAGAAAACAUUGGAUAUGCAAGAAAAAACUAUUGUUGUGCAGUGCAAAUAAAUAAAUAAAGAACUGAA